GACAGCAUGAGAGUGGCGGAGCGGCGGCGGCGGAGCAGAGCGAGGCCCCGGGGCUGCCGGCUGCAGGGGGGGGGUUCAUGUACCCCUCCCGCCGCGCCCGCUGCCGCAGAGCCCGCCAGCAACGCUCCCGCAGCUCCCGGGCCGCUCCGGAGGGACCCGGGGGGUGGAUUUAGGGGUGUUUUUUAUUCUUCUAAUUCUUCUUCUUAUUCUUCUUCUUAUUAUUAUUUCUCGGGGGUGGCUCGGAUUUUUUUACUGCUUUUUUUGGGGGGCAUCGUUUUUUUGCCUCCCGCCACCGAGGCUCCGGAGAGAAGAGGGGGAAGAAGUUGACAGCUGCUCCGUUUCCUCUUUUUUUUCCCCCCCCCUUAUUUCUCCUUCGAUUUGUUCUGAGUCGUUGCUCUGAUAUUUUUUUUCUUAUUUUUUCCCUUUAUUUUUUCUUUCUUUUUUAAAUAUCUUUUUUUCCCCUUAUUUUUUAAAUUUUAAAUAAUUAUUUUUUAUUGGGUUUUAUUUUUUUUUUUCCCCCCAAUACGGUUUCUCCUGCCGUUUCUUGCCGCCGGUGCGGGGCUGCUUUCUCCUCUUGCUCUUCUCCAUCCCCCGGCGGAGGUUAUGAUGGUGCAUUGUGCGGGCUGCGAGAGGCCGAUUUUGGACAGGUUCCUCCUCAACGUCUUGGACAGGGCAUGGCACAUCAAAUGCGUCCAGUGCUGCGAGUGCAAGUGCAACCUGACCGAGAAAUGCUUCUCCAGGGAAGGCAAACUCUACUGCAAAAAUGACUUUUUCAGGAGGUUUGGUACCAAAUGCGCUGGCUGUUCCCAAGGGAUUUCUCCCAGCGACCUCGUCCGCAAAGCUCGGAAUAAAGUCUUUCACCUGAACUGUUUCACCUGCAUGGUCUGCAACAAGCAGCUCUCCACGGGCGAGGAACUCUAUAUCAUAGACGAAAACAAAUUCGUUUGCAAAGAGGACUAUUUGAACUCCCCCAGUCUGAAGGAAGGCAGCCUCAACUCAGCACCCGGGGCCGGAUCCUGCCACGCCAGUCAGUGGGGCCGCUGCUGUGAGCGAGUGUCCUCAUGUACAGACAGGAGUUUGUCCCCGGAUCUCCAGGACCCCAUGCAGGACGACACCAAGGAGACAGACAACUCUACCUCCUCGGACAAGGAGACCACCAACAACGAGAACGAGGAGCAGAACUCGGGCACCAAGAGGAGGGGGCCCCGUACGACCAUUAAAGCUAAGCAGCUGGAAACUCUCAAAGCUGCCUUCGCUGCCACCCCCAAACCCACCCGCCACAUCCGAGAGCAGCUGGCCCAGGAGACUGGCCUCAACAUGAGAGUUAUCCAGGUCUGGUUCCAGAACCGUCGGUCCAAAGAGCGGCGGAUGAAGCAGCUGAGCGCGCUGGGCGCUCGCCGCCACGCCUUCUUCCGCAGCCCGCGCAGGAUGCGGCCCCUCGGCGGCCGCCUCGACGAGUCCGAGAUGCUCGGCUCGACCCCCUACACGUACUACGGAGAUUACCAAGGUGACUACUACGGACCGGGAGGCAACUAUGACUUUUUCCCCCACGGGCCACCCUCCCAAGCCCAAUCCCCGGCCGACUCCAGCUACCUUCAGAACUCAGGACCUGGCUCCACACCCCUGGGACCCUUGGAGCCCCCUUUAAGCGGACACCACUCCUCAGAAAACCAAAGGUACACGGAUAUGAUCUCGCAUCCCGACACGCCCAGCCCCGAGCCGGGGAUGACCGGUUCGCUGCACCCCCUCCCGGGAGAGGUCUUCAGCGGGGGGCCCAGCCCGCCCUUCUCCAUGUCCAGCAAUAGCGGCUACAGCGGGGCCCUCUCACACCCCAACCCGGAGCUCAGCGAGGCAGCGGUGUGGUAGGCCUGGCGUGGGCACGCGUGUGUGCGUGUGGAGGGGGGGGGCAAACAGCCUCAAGUCCCCCAGCCCACGCGUGUCCCUCCCCCCCCCCUCUCCCUCCCCCUCCCCAACUUUCUCACUCCGGACCAAGGCGCAUCACAUCACCACCGCUGGAUAAAGACUUCCCUCCGAUGCCAAAACGCAUCCCUGCAUCCUCCCCCAUCAACGCAGCGUCACUGCACACACAACCCCCGUGGGACCUUAGGGCCACCCCGCUACCUCCCCCUCCCAGCACCUUCCUCCUCCCCCCACCCCUCGGCAUUGAGGGGGGAGGGCAACGAAUGGUGCCGAGCCCCGAAGAAACACAUCCCCCUCCUCCCCACCAGCGUCGGGACCACCACCUCGGACCAAAGCUGAACUCACCUGGACACAGUUCCCAGGAGAGGGGUGGGGGCUGGGCAGCCCCCUCCGCCCCCCCUUGCUAAUUAGCACCCUUUUUAAUUAUCCUCUACCACAUCAUGGGAGGGGGGGGGAAUGGUGAACAGCAGGAAUCAACACCCCCACCCUCCCUUCCCUCCAGCCUUUCCUCUGCCCUUGUUUUUGUUGUUCCCAUUUUAUCCACAAGGAGAAG